CUCCGUUCAUCUCGUCUCGUGAUCGCCAUCAAAUCUCCGGCGCCAUGCAACCUCUCACCCGGCCUCUCUUCGGCAACGUCCCCGAGAGCACCGUCUAUGGCGGUCCCAAGCCCCAAAGCCCUAACCAACGCGUCACCCUCAACUCCCUCCGCCAGAAGCACCUUGCCUGUGAGCCCAUCACCAUGGUCACCGCCUACGAUUACCCUUCCGCCGUCCAGGUCAACACUGCCGGCAUCGACAUGUGCCUCGUCGGUGACUCCGCCGCCAUGGUCGUCCAUGGCUACGAAAACACUCUGCCGAUAACCCUUGAUGAGAUGCUCAUCCAUUGCCGCGCCGUCACCCGCGGUGCCACCCGGUCAUUCCUCGUCGGUGACCUCCCCUUCGGCUCCUAUGAGUCGUCUUCCGCGCAGGCGGUGGACUCGGCGGUGAGGGUUUUGAAGGAAGGGAACAUGGAUGCUAUCAAGCUGGAAGGAGCUCCACCUUCAAGGAUCGGUGCUGCGAGGGUGAUUGUGGAAGCGGGGAUCGCCGUGAUGGGGCAUGUUGGACUUACGCCUCAGGCGAUUAGUGCUCUUGGAGGGUUUCGGCCUCAAGGGAAGACCAUUAACAGUGCAGUAAAGGUGGUGGAGAUGGCCCUGGAGUUGCAGGAGGUGGGAUGCUUCUCGGUGGUUUUGGAGUGUGUGCCUGCUCCGGUUGCUGCAGCUGUGACUGCUGCAUUGAAGAUACCAACAAUUGGUAUUGGAGCUGGGCCAUACUGCAGUGGACAGGUGUUGGUUUAUCAUGAUUUGUUGGGCAUGUUGCAAGAUUCCCAUCAUGCAAAGGGUGCCAAGAUUUUUGCAAGCAAUAUGGCCAUGUGGGUGAAGCCAUUAACCAAGCUUUGUCCGAGUACAAACAAGAAGUCAAAAACAAAGUAUUUCCUGAAGAUGGGCUUGAGUAAAGCUGCUUCUGCAGCAGCAGCAGCAGUUGCCUCCUCCAAGGACAUGGGAGGACGUGAAUAG